AUGAAAAAAGUUCUGAUUAUUCUCGGAUUUGUUCAUUUAGUUACAUCUGCCUCAUUUUCAAUUCCAACAAAAAGUGCAGGUUCCCUUCGAAAUCGUCUCAUAAAUUCUGGAAAAUAUCAAGAAUAUCUUGCAAAACAUCAUGAAAAACGUAUCCAAUUAAACACCGGAAAUCAACCAUUUCUAGAUUGGGCCGAUGAUUUCUACCUUGGAAAUAUUUCAAUUGGAACUCCACCACAAACAGUUACUGUUGUAUUGGAUACUGGCUCAUCAAAUUUAUGGGUUAUUGAUUCGAUGUGUAAUACAGAUGCGUGUAAUGGAAUUACUUAUCCAAAACAUAAAUUCAAUACUGCUGCGUCGUCGAGUUUUUCAAAAGAAAACAAAAAAUUCAGUAUAAGUUAUGGGUCAGGAUCUUGUUCUGGUUAUUUGGCAAAAGAUACUCUAAUUAUUGGAGGUGGAUUAACUGUGGAACAACAAGAAUUUGGAGUUGCAAAUUCUUUGGACGAGGUAAACAAAAUAAUUAGAAGCUGACUGGUUACGGUAACUAAUCCUACAAUUUCUUAGGUUUUUGCGUAUCAACCAGUUGAUGGAAUUCUUGGACUUGCAUGGCCUGGUCUCGCCGUCGAUAAAAUCAUCCCUCCAAUGCAAAAUCUUCUCCCUCAACUUGAUCUUCCACUUUUCACAGUUUGGCUUGAUCGAAAAAUCAAUGGAUCAAAUGGCGGAAAUGGUGGAUUAAUCACAUAUGGCGCAUUGGAUAAAGUGAAUUGUGCAUCUGACAUUAAUUAUGUCAAUUUGACAGCUCAAACUUAUUGGGAAUUUCAUCUCGAUUCAUUUAAGGUCGGAACAUUUUCUGAGAAUAAAACAGCCAAAGUGAUAAGUGAUACUGGAACAUCAUGGAUUGGCGCACCUCAUUCAGUUGUUUCAGCUGUUGUUAAAGCAUCGGGUGCAAAAUAUAAUUGGAAUGACGAAUUAUACGAAAUUGAUUGUGACAAAAUGUAUUCCUCUCCAGAUAUCAUUUUUACAAUUGGUCAAAUUGAUUACACAGUCAAAAGUGUCGAAUACAUUCUUGAUAUUGGAUUGAAAAACAACAAAUGUGUUUUGACAUUUUUCGGAAUGACAUUCACUGGUUUUGGACCGAGUUGGAUUCUUGGAGACACUUUUAUUCGACAAUAUUGUAAUAUUUAUGAUAUUGGAAAUGCAAGAAUUGGUUUUGCUAAAGCAUAUCACACAAAUCUUUAG